UGUGCUCACGUUAUUCACGUGAACACAAAAGCAACACACGGUUCAGACACCGUACACAAAAGCAAACGAUACGGUCCACACUUUUACAUGUACAUAUAGAUCAGGUUAGUGCAUGGUUCUUCGAGCAGUGCGCAUUGUUUCGCAUAGCAUGACUACUUUCUCCAAGCUUGCUAACAAGUGGAGGGCUUUGCAAGGCGAAGCUCACUGGGCGGGCUUGCUGGAUCCUCUGGACGAGGAGCUCGCGGUGGAGCUCAUCCGCUAUGGCCAGUUCGUCGACGCAGUAUACAGCUCCUUCAACAGUAAUCCUCGUUCCAAAGUCCUGGGCUACAGCCGCUACAGCAAGUCGCAGCUCCUCGACAAAGUCCACGUCGCGCCUGGAUACAAGAUCCACAAGUUCCUCUACUGCACCACUCUGCUCGAGAGCCUGGUCGGGAAGGUCGUGGAGGCUGUCGUCGACUUCACUGGCCCCGCAACCAGCUGGUUUGGAUUCGUGGCCGUGUCGGACGACGAGGAGACCCGCAGGAUCGGGAGGAGAGACAUCGUGAUCGUGUUCCGGGGGACGCAGCAAGACAUCGAAUGGGCCAGCAACCUCCUCAACUUCUUCCAGGCAAACAUGACGAGCAAGCCGACCAGCUUCUUCGACACCAUGUCCGGUCUCCCUCCGCUGAACGCCACCCCGGAAGAGAUCGCAACAGCCGCCGCCACUCCAGCACAGGCAGAGCAGCCGCCGGCUCGCAAAGGCUUCGGCCUUCUCGGUGGAAUCGCUGGAGGAGUCAUCACGGCGGUGCGCGACGUCCACUCCAGCCUCCCGUGGAACAAGAUCACGAUUGGCAACCGGUGGGUGGUUCCUUACACGAGCAUCAAUGCGGCGGACGCGACUGGGCUGGGAAAGCUCUCGGCCAGGCAGCAAGUCAUGGAAGCGGUGUGCAAGCUCAUCGAUCUCUACAAGGACGACGAGCUGAGCAUCACUGUGACGGGACACAGCCUGGGAGCGGCCAUAGCCACCGUGUGCGCCUACGACAUCGCCAACGAGAAGAAGAACAGGAAUCCUCUGAGCGGCGCCACCAUCCCAGUGACCGCGUUCCCUUUCGCGUCGCCGCGGGUGGGCAACUUGGAGUUCCGCGCAGCGGUGAAGAACGUAGAGGGUCUCAGGAUCCUGCGUAUCGGCAACCUUCCCGACGUUGUCACGCUGGUGCCUCCCAUUCUCUGGGGAUACGUCCACACCGACGACGAGCUAUCGCUCAACACACCGGACUCGCCAUAUCUCAGCUUCCCGACCUUGGCGCUCGGCCAGUUCCACGAUCUCCAGGUCUACUUCCAUCUCAUCGACUACAAGUUUGAUCCGGCGCUCAAGCACCACCAGCUGGAGCUCGUGAACAAAUUCUCCAACGCUCUCAGGAACCCGACUGUGCCAGAUAGCUGGUGGGUGGUGGAGAACAACGAUGUGAUCCGAGACGAGAAUGGAAAGUGGGUGCUCAAGAGCUACAAAGUCACUGCCGACGCAGAAGAGUUUAACUAGCAAGAGCGUAAGUGUGUGUGUGCGAAUAAUGGCGCGAAGGAGACCCUAAAUUAGCAUGUUUGAGCAGAGGGAAUAUUCCUGCGUUCAAAUAAGACGCAGCUCUAAAUUCUAUUUGAAUAUUUUUGCGUUUGAA